UCUGGGCGGUCGGCAGGGGCGGGGACUGCAGAACAGGCUGCGCUACGCGGUCCCCACAGCAGGCCUCCGCCCUCCCCGGCCGCAGCGCGCCUGGCACAUGGAGGCUCCUGAGGAGCUCGCGCCCGUGCCCGCGCGCGGAGGCCCGGAGACCAUCCUUGAGCUCCGCGAGGCUCGCCGCCUGCGGCUGUCCGACUUCCGAGAGGAGCUGCGGGCGCUCUUGGUCCUAGCGGGCCCAGCGUUCUUGGUUCAGCUGAUGGUGUUCCUGAUCAGCUUCAUAAGCUCCGUGUUCUGCGGCCACCUGGGCAAGCUGGAGCUGGACGCGGUCACGCUGGCGAUCGCGGUUAUCAAUGUCACUGGUGUCUCGGUGGGCUUUGGCUUAUCUUCUGCUUGUGACACCCUCAUCUCCCAGACGUACGGGAGUCAGAACCUGAAGCACGUGGGCGUGAUCCUGCAGCGAAGCGCGCUCAUCCUGCUCCUCUGCUGCUUCCCCUGCUGGGCGCUCUUUCUCAACACCCAACACAUCCUGCUGCUCUUCAGGCAGGACCCAGGUGUGUCCAGGCUUACUCAGACCUAUGUCACGAUCUUCAUUCCAGCUCUUCCUGCAACCUUUCUUUAUUUGUUACAAGUUAAAUAUUUGCUCAACCAGGAAAUUGUACUGCCCCAGAUCGUGACUGGAGUUGCAGCCAACCUUGUCAAUGCCCUCGCCAACUAUCUGUUUCUCCAUCAACUGCAUCUUGGGGUGAUAGGCUCCGCACUGGCGAAUUUGAUUUCCCAGUACACCCUGGCUCUACUCCUCUUUCUCUACAUCCUUGGGAAAAAACUGCAUCAAGCGACAUGGGGAGGCUGGUCACUCGAGUGCCUGCAGGACUGGGCCUCCUUCCUCCGCCUGGCCGUCCCCAGCAUGCUGAUGCUGUGCAUGGAGUGGUGGGCCUAUGAGGUCGGGAGCUUCCUCAGCGGCAUCCUCGGCAUGGUGGAGCUGGGCGCUCAGUCCAUCGUGUAUGAACUGGCCAUCAUUGUGUACAUGGUUCCUGCAGGCUUCAGCGUGGCUGCCAGUGUCCGGGUGGGAACUGCUCUGGGGGCUGGAAACAUGGAGCAGGCACGGAAGUCCUCCACGGUUUCCCUGCUCAUCACAGUGCUCUUUGCUGUAGGCUUCAGUGUCCUGCUGUUAAGCUGUAAGGAUCACGUGGGGUACAUUUUCACUACUGACCGAGACAUCAUUAAUCUGGUGGCUCAGGUGGUUCCAAUUUAUGCUGUUUCCCACCUCUUUGAAGCGCUUGCUUGCACAAGCGGUGGCGUUCUGAGGGGGAGUGGAAAUCAGAAGGUGGGAGCCGUCGUGAAUGCCGUUGGGUACUAUGUGGUGGGCCUCCCCGUUGGGAUCGCGCUGAUGUUUGCAACCAAACUUGGAGUGAUGGGUCUGUGGUCAGGGAUCAUCAUCUGUACAGUCUUUCAAGCUGUGUGUUUUCUAGGCUUUAUUAUUCAGCUAAAUUGGGAAAAAGCCUGUCAGCAGGCUCAGGUACAUGCCAAUUUGAAAGUAAACGUGGCUCAGAGUGGGAAUUCUGCUCUCGCGCAGGAUCUGCCUCACCCAGGGUGCCCUGAAAACCAUGAAGGAAUUUUAAUGAACGAUGCUGAAAAGACAGGCGAGAGUCAGUCGGAUCAGCAGAUGCACCAAGCACAACCUCCGACCGUCCAUCCACGGGACAGCGCGAAGUUGUCCAGGAAACAGCUGGUGCUGCGGCGAGGCCUUCUGCUCCUGGGGGUCUUCUUAAUCUUGCUGGUGGGGAUUUUAGUGAGAUUAUAUGUCAGAAUUCAGUGAUGUCGCAGGAGGCAAAGUCAGGUCAAGUGGGGAUGCUUUUGAGCUUACACACGGAUACAGGCCCAGCAGUGACAAUUUCCUUUCAGUUAAUGUCAUUCAGGUGCGCUCAUGGAUUUCGAAGAUUUGGAAUGCAAAGAUACAUUUAAAAAAAAAAAAAAAGCAAGGAACUAAGGUGACAAGCUGUAUUCUGGCCCAAGACAGUGUCUGAAAGAUACAUGAGUAACUAUUCAUCCACGAUUAUCUGAAGCAAGGACCACUGUGCUAACUGCAUCAGCCUAUGGCUUUAGACACAAACCCAUAAAACUAAGAAUUCCUACUGCCUGAAUUAUUUAAAAUAUAUUUUACAAUAUAUCUUUCCUUAGGUCUUAGAUUACUAUUCGCUGGGCAAAUGGCAUUUGUUCUGGUUUAUUAUUAUUUUUUAAUAGACAGAGGUCUUGCUCUAUCACGCAGGCUGGCGUGCAGUGGUGUCAUCAUCGCUCACUGCAGCCUCCACCUCCUGGGCUCCAAGCAGUCCUCCUGCAUCAGCCACCAGAGUAACUGCGACUACAGGGGUAUGCCACUAUGCCCAGCUGGCAUUUGUUAAUCUUCAUUUGAGGUCUAAAUCUAGGCCCUGUGGGCACUGAAAAACAGUUGAGUAAUCUUUGGAGCUGUGGAAAUCCAAACAAAGACUAAUAAUUCCUGGUAGGGGUGUGUGCCUGACCUCCCGCAGCCUCAACCUCCUGGGCUCAAGUGAUCCUUCCACCUCAGCCUCCUGAGUAGCUGAGACCACAGGCGUGUGCCACCAUGCCUAGCUAAUUCUUUAUUUUUUGUAGAGACGGGGUCUAGCCUUUUGUUUCCCAGGCUGGUCUCAAAUUCCUGGGAUCAAGCAAUCCUUCCAUCUUGCCCUCCCAAAGUGUUGGGAUUAUAGGCGUGAGCCACCACGCCUAGCCAGAGGACAAAAUUUUAAUAAAGUCUUUAGCGUAAGUAGUAAUCCUACUGCCUUAAGGCUUCCUGGGGUGCGGUCCACACCGUUGAUUCAGCAAGCCUCAGGACAUACUAAGUAAAUGCAGUGCUGUGAAAGUGGAUUAUACCAAACUGAGUCAUUCUUAUCACACCCAACUGUAAGUCAGGAAGCAGGGGAUAAAAGCACCCCGGGCAUAUAACAUUAAUCUAGUAAUGUAAUUUUCCGCACAUCCAGCUGCUGAAACUGCCUGCUGUAAGCUGGGACCAGCUUUAUCCAUAACCGCCGAGAUAAUUGCUGAAGCUCUAGGACUAAUUUUGCCUGCCCGGUUGCUUACCGAUUGUAGCUGGCCAGCUCCCAGGACCCUUCCUGGUGCCAAUCAACUUUCUCAAAUAGCAAUACUGACAUUUGUUUUGAUGAAACCUCCAGCCUUCUCUGUGUUGCUAGGACAUACCGAGGACCACCUGGUCUGCAUGGAUGCCCUGAACUGCGAUUCUUUCUUCCCAAAUAAAACACUAAAUCGA